GUUGAACCGGAAGUGAUAACGAGGAGCGGCUAAUGCGACUUUUGGUUGUUGUUGAUGGUGAGCCAAGAUGGACAGCGAGCGGGUGAUGUUUUGCCCGUUUUGUGGGGAACAUAUGAGCCGAUUGACGCGGUUUUGUUUUUCGUGUGGUCGGUCUUUAGAGUGUUUAAAUGGCGCAGAUCAGACUGACAGAGCAGAAACACAGGAGACAUCUCAACCAUCGGUUAAUGCUAAACAGGCAGAAAAAUCGUGUCCAUCAUAUAAGCAUUUCCUGGAGUACAGAAGCUCAAAGUCAAAGGAGCGGCAGUCAUGUAACUACGGGCCGCGUGGAAGACAUCGGGCUAAACAACGAAAUCAUGUCCAGAUAAACAUUGGGUUGAUGAUGCCACAUGGAAGUGAUGGAACUGAUUUCAAACCUGUAAGAGGGAAAAGUCUUCCGUUAUUUGUUGACCCAGAGGUCGAAGCACCUGAUCUUCUGAAACAAGCUGUGAAGAAAAUGAGAACAUUCAACAAGGACGUGCCAGAAGGACCAUAUGUCCUUUUGUAUCCAGACUGCUCAGAGGUGGUCCAUGUGCCAGGGUCAGAAAAAACGUUCAAACUGGCUGAUUAUAAAAAGGAACUAGGGAGGCCAUACUGCAGGAUCAACUUUUUCAUUUGCCUUGAAACACAUUUCAAAGGAGAAGUGGGAGAUACCUCAGACUCUGAUUCUGAAAUUAUCAUCACAUCAAGGAGCACAGCUGAAUUUAAUCAAGCCGACACUGUGGUUUUUGAACCACCAAACCAAAGUACUCCCAAACACAAAACUGAAGAUAAAAGAAAUGCACUACGACAUUCAACAACAAUUCAGCCUGGACGGAUAGAAAUAUCUGAUGCUGAGGAUAUGGAUCCACCUGAAACUAAUUCAGCUAAGACUUCUUGCUAUGGUAAAUACACGGACUUGUAUGCACCAGGUGUUGAGGAAGAUGACGAGAAGCUGGUUACAGUCACUGAGGAAAUUUCCCAGCACACAGCAAGGGAGGAGAUGAACAUAACACUACCUGACGUUGUGGCAAAUCUGUCACUUCCUAUUGCUCACAAAAAUGUCUGCAGAUUCAACAUCUCAAGGGCUAAUGUUUGGGAUGGCGCAGUCAGAGGUUUCAAGCGUACAACAUAUUCUGAAACCUAUGACAUGCUUGUCAGAUUUACUGAUGAUGCUGGUGUCUUUGAGGAGGGAAUUGAUACAGGUGGUCCAAGAAGAGAAUUUUUAACUCUGCUAAUGAAACACCUGAAAGACCGACCCAUUUUUGAUGGACCAGAAGGACAUCGGUUCUUGGUCUACAAUGCAAAUGAUUGAGAAUGCUACUUCAUUGGAUGCUCUGCGGGAAUGUAUCCUGAGACACAGCACAAUGUUACAAACAGCAGGCUGUCUGAGACAUGUGGCUGCUCUGGGAGAGAAGAAAGAAGUUGUGGCAGACUACCUCAGAUGGUAUAUUAUUGACCGCAACUCAUCUGUAAUUGACAGAUUCAAAGAUGGUCUUACUGCCCUUCAGUUUCUUAAUGCACUACAACAACACCCUUCUUUGCUGUCCCCUGUCCUGGGCCACACUGCAAAGCCACUCACUGGCUUGGAACUUGAGAGACUCUUCAAACCUAACCUCAGCCCUUCAGGGAGUAACAGGAGACUAAAAGAAAGUCAAACUUUGGCCUACUGGGCAGACUACCUCCUUGAUUGUGAAGAAGGCAAGGCCUCUGUGUCUGUGGAGGAUGUUUUGAUGUUUGCAACUGGGCUGUCAUCACUUCCCCCUUCUGGUUUGGAACCACUGCCUCAAAUACAGUUCCUGGAUAACUCUCCAUUCCCGAUGGCAAAUACAUGUUCAAACUUGCUAAAAUUACCACUCCUUGAUUCAUACAGUAUGUUUAAGUCACAAAUGGACUUUGGAAUUGAAAAUAGUCCAGGAUUUGGCUGUUUUUAAACCACAUGACUAGAUGACCUCUGGAGCAGUGUUUCUCAAACUUCUCACAUCAAGUACCACCUCGUAACACAUUUGACAAGCAAAGUACCACCUCAUUAAAUAUAUGACCUUCCAAGUACCACCAGGACUAAAUCUGGAGAAAACCAGGUCCAAAAGGAAUCUUAAUUAAAGCUAAACUGGUCUGAAUUUUGUCUGAAGUAGGUGUAAACUAUGUCUGAACCAGAAAAGUGCCUAACUUAAACACAUUACUAAACCAAACUAAAUUAUCUCUAAUUAAAAUGAAUAAAGUAGAUGCAGAUGACCCUGAGUACCACCAGCAGCACACAUACCACGGUUUGAGAAACACUGCUCUAGAGCUCAGACUUUAGAAAUGUUUUGUUCUAAACUUGCUGUUGUUGGUGCACUUAAAGGUGCGGUUAGAUCUCAAUCGUUUUAGAUCCAUUAUUUUUAAACUGUGGUCUGUUUAUGAAUCACUGUUAUGUAUUCAGAUUAAUUUUAGAAUGAGAGGAGCAUUUCAGGAGAUUUUGUUCUCGAAAAAAAUGUUAAAAUGUAGUAACGGGGUAUUACUUUGCUUUAUUUUUUAUUCAUAUAUUUUCCGCUUUGAAUUAAUGAAGCCGUGACAAAUUCAGACACGUUUGUGUAUAUGUUCUACCAUUCCAAUAAACUUGUCUUCUUUCAUA